AAACAACUCGCUCAUUUCAAGCCAGUAGUGCGUUGUUUGUUAACACAGCGAGUCGUCGAAAUUACAGUUCAUUGUUGUUAGUACCAUCUAGCGGCACCAUGCACGACACUAUAUUCGAUCAGCUGGAGCGCGACGGGUUCGCGGUGGUGGAGGAGUUCCUGCGCGACGCCGAGUGCGAGGAGCUGGUCGCCGCCGGCCUGGAGCUCACGCGCCACCUGCCCGAUGCGCCACCCACGGUCUUCUCCACCACUGAGCCCGAGCAACAGCAAUUAAAGGACAAAUACUUUAUGGAAAGCAACGAUAAAAUCAGCUAUUUCUACGAAAAAGAUGCGCUCGAUGCCGAUGGAAAGCUUCAACUAGACCCAAGCAUUUCAUUAAAUAAGGUGGGGCACGCUCUGCACCUGCUACACCCCAUCUUCCGCUGCUACACGUACAGCGAGCGCGUGAAGGCGCUGUGCCGCGAGCUGCGCCUGCUGGAGCCGGCCGUCGUGCAAAGCAUGUACAUCUACAAGAACCCGGGAAUCGGCGGCGAAGUGGUUCCGCAUCAAGAUAUAUCAUAUUUAUACACAGAGCCAAUUCCACCAAUAGGGUUUUGGAUAGCUCUCCAAGACGCAACAAUUCAAAACGGUUGCCUUUGGAUAGCUCGCGGGUCCCACAAGUCGGCUGUCCACAGACGGAUGCUCCGCAGUCCUGAAGAUAGAAACAAAUGUAUCUACGACAGACCCGCGCCCGUGUACCCGGAGUCGAGCUUUACACCCGUCCCAGUCAGUAAAGGGACGUGCAUAUUAAUCCACGGGAACGUGGUACACCGCAGCGCGCCGAACCGCAGCGCGGCGAGCCGGCCCGCCUACACCUUCCACGUCGUCGAGAGGAAGGGCAACAACUACUCCGAGGACAAUUGGCUACAAGAAGGAGAGAAUGCCCCCUUUUUAAAUAUUUACACGACAUCUCAGAUGCAAUAAUGCUAUAUGUAUGGCUAUGACCGCUGAGACGAAAGGGAACGACGUCACGUGAUCGCUUCUCCAUUCAACGUAGUCACCAUUUUCCUCCCUGGCUGUCCAGUGAUAUUAUAGUAAAUUGGAUGCUUAUUAACUACAGCGAUGCCCUUGUGUUUAUAGAUUUUUUAAUUAUCAACUUUUUUAUGGAAUUUGUUUUUCGCUCUUGACUCAUAAUUAUCAAAAUAUCUAAAAUAUUCAAAUCCCUUCGUUUUAUAGCUAUGGUUAAAAUACAAACAAAUAUUGUAAAAAUGUAAUGUCGAUAUCCAGGGAGGAAAAUGGGGACUACGUUUGUAUGGAGAAGCGGCUGUCCGCUUUCCUCUUAAAGACACAAUACUUUACUUUUUAUAACAUAUUUAAAACCGGGCCUAUCGCGACGGUAAUUUGUUACCUUUAUUUCCGACGUUUCCACGCAGGAUUCACCGGUCGUGGUCAACACAUAAUAAUAAUAAUAGCCCGCAGGGCAGCUUGUGGCGAGCUGUUGGGGAGUAACGACCCCACGGACCCGAGUACUCCCGAGAGUCGGUCAGGGUCUCCGUCUCCGGCGUAUCUUCGUCGGUCGGAAUGGACCUCAAGGGGACCUGCAGGAAUCUCAGCUCUGGCUUGCCUUCAUUGGUCGUCCAGAGAGGAGUCGUUAGAGCUAAAUGCUCCAGGGGUGGAAGUGAAAACUUGCAUAAGACGCGAGUUGGCACAAUGGCUGCUAUCAGCCACUGGGUAGAAAGCGGCGUACACCUCUCGACACCCCUGAGCCGCUCCCACCGGUGUUGCUCCUGGUCGUCUACGACACAGCAGUUUCAGUCACCGCCUACCUCGAAAACUAGUGAAAAAUUGUUAUGGCAGGUGUCCGGACGUCUUUGCAAUAACCCAGUCUCAUUUUCCUCCCAAGUUCAAUCCAUAGACCUUUAUACUGUUCACUUUUACUACAAUAGUCCCAAUGCCUACUGCGAACGGUUCAUGGGUGUCUAUUGUUGUGCCUGUGAAAGCUCUCCAAGGGGCCUCUACGUGUUGGAUCUAUAUCCCCACGCAAGCCUAUCAAACGGCCGGGAUUUAUAGGCCCAUGAUAUCCAAGGAGAUAAUAAUAAUAAACACAUGUGUGGUGGGUGGUUUUCGUCGGGUUACACAAAUCUCUGUUUUGACAUUUUGCUGGGACAUCAACUCUGCUGGGUUAUCCGCGACCACGCCCAGUGAAACCUGCCGUGCGUGGACACGUUCAAAAUAAAGGUAACAAUAGUACAUUGUGCACCGAGGGGGGUAAGUGAAAUUUUGGAUACGAGGAUGGUAAUUCCCGACAGCUGCAGGCUGGAGGGAAUUAAAGACCCGAGUUUGCAAUAUUCUUACCCCCGGAGUUACACGUAAUGUUUUUCAUCACACUUGUGAAGAAAAAACUAAAUUUUAAGCGAAAUAAUUCUUAAAUACGAACAUAUCAAACAUUCAUCCGCCAUUUUGUAUUUUCUUGACAGGUUAGGUAUGGAAAUUGGAAAUUGAAACACGAUUGGAAAUUAUGUAAAAAUAAUUUAAAUGGCUGUUAAAUUAAUCGAUUAAAAUAAUUUUAAACAUAAACAAAUAUAUUAAAUAAUAAACGUCAUUAUUUUAAAAGUAAACUUACAUGGUUCGUAUGAAUUAGUGACAGAAUUAAAAGAAAAAGCUAUAACUCCCUAGGGAGUUAUAGCUUUUUUUUACAAUCCAUAACUCCCGCGGGAACAAUAUAGCCCUUUGUCCUUCAGUACACCUGCAUGAAAUAAGAUCUUUUUCGAGCAAGUGUGAUGAAAAAUAAAUUCGCGAUAGACCCGCUUUUAAAUGUGUUCAAAACGUGAAAGAUUUCAAUGUUACCUGUAUAAUACUUUACUUAAGGUGAAUCUACUGUCACUCGUUGCCAUGGUAACGUAGCCCUGGGCCACUCCUGAAACCAUGAAUUUUGGCGGUCGUUAUAAGCCAUUACAAUACAAACAACAACAAUCCUAGGCCUGGUCAAUUUACUCAAGAGCAUUAAUUUUUUCACCACACCAACUGGUAAAGGUGCUUAAUUGUUCAAAAACCAAUGAGUGUUGUAUUUUAUUCACAUGUGGGGUAAAGUAAUCAUGUGAAAAUUUUGAGUUGUUUCCUUAUGGUAGCUGGUAGAAUUGACUUGUAACUGAUGAUUUUAAUCAUUAAUGAUACAUUUUUAUUUUGUUUAUUUGAAUUUAAUUUGGUUUGAUUUUUUUGAUAUUUCAUAGUUAAUAUUAUCCUCGCGUUGGUGUGGUCAAAAAUUUUGUGUUUCACUCGGAGGCAAAGUUUGUUUAACCCUCGUAACCCUUGAAACUCUCGCAAUGCUCAAGAUUCUACCCCAGGAAUUCCAAAACGGAACAAAAGUGUAAACAUUGAGCAGAAAUCGGAAGAUCUUUAAAAAUGCUUGACCAGGUCUAGGAUAACAUAAACUUGUUCCACUAUUAUCCCCUGGAAAACGGGACAGAAAACAAAAAGAAAUAAGUAGUUGAUCCAGCCAUUUAAGGAAAUCGAUUACCUACAAGUCCAUGUCUUCUGUAGGUAAGGACUAAUAUUAAGUGAACUUCGGGAUAGGUAUUGUAAGACCGAUUUCCCAUAAAAGAAAAUACGACUUUGUGCCGUAGAUAUAUAUUCUUUCUUUAACUUUACUCUAGAUAAGAUCUGUGUAUUCAUUACCAAUUAAUUAGCAUGCCUACCUCUGUAUUCUGAUGUUUCAUACCUGCUUUAGUUGAAACAAGAUUAAAACCGAACAUAUUAAAAUAAGAUACGAAAUUAAUAUAAGCUAUCCAUUGUCCUAAUUUGUGCUGUAAUAGCAGCCUACGCCUACGAAUUCCUAAAGAGAGGGGCUGACUGCAUGUCAAUAACGAAUGGAUGCAUAAAGCAUUACUUUUUUAUCCCUGAAGAUAUAAAUGUCUCAUUAUAUUUAAAAAUUAUCUAUAAUGCAAAAUUUUAUUCAUCUUUGCUUUAUCAAUGAUAUACUUUAUUAUAGUUAAGGCCACUUGCGCCAUCCAGAGUUAGCCAGUACAAUUGAUCCCUGGGUUAACUCCGAGUUAGUGGCCAAUCCAGGAUUGGUGCAAGUGGCGCUAACAGAUUUUUAGUUCCAUGGUUCAUGUACCAAAACUUUAUCAUUAUUACAUCGAGUAAUAAGUAAUAAUACAUGGUGAUGUCAUUGUGAUAAUCUAGAUAAUAAACAUCUAAUAACAAA